UCCCACACACACAAACAUAGACGAGCACUAUCAGCUGAAGGUGCGGAGGCGGCGAGCGGGACACACUGGCGUGUUUUUUUUUAGGAAAGGAACCGACGCGCCUUCAAAUACCAACCGGAGGAGUAAAAAACCCAACGUGUUUCACAGUAACAAUAUGCGCUCUUGCGGGGGAUUAUCAUCAGCACACUUUGAAGUUUUAGAACUAUAAAGUCGCGUACUUCACCCCGACACCUAUGAAGUAAAGUGCGCAUCCAUACAGGGCAGGUAGUGAAGCGGAGCCGGAAGAACUCGCAAUACUGGUUGCGUUAAGUUUGUUUGUCCUUUUCCCAAGUGGAUUAUCGUUGACAUUCACAAAUAAAUGAAGUGACGUUCUAGUUGAAAACUUGCAUACAGUUUGAAGAAAUUAUGACGGAUUUGGGGAAAAGGAAACUCUUUGUCGUCGUGGACGUGUUGUGUGUUUUCGUAGCUUCUCUGCCCUUCACCAUCAUGAACAUUGUGUCUCAGCCAUACGAGCGAGGCAUCUACUGCCAGGAUGAGAGCAUCGGUUACCCCAAACGGCAAGACACUAUCACGCACGUAACACUGGCUGCGGUUACCAUCACCUGUACUGUGAUCAUUAUAUCAUCAGGUGAGGCGUACCUGGUGUACAGUAAAAAAGUUUCAUCCAACUCUACCUUUAAUCAGUACGUCGCAGCCAUCUAUAAGGUGCUGGGCACCUUCCUGUUCGGCGGAGCUGUAAGCCAAUCACUGACAGACAUGGCCAAGUACACAAUUGGGCGACCACGGCCAAACUUUUUGGCAGUGUGUGCUCCCAAAGUCUGCAAAGGGUACGUGGCAACAAUCAACUGCACUGGCGACGCUCGGGAUGUCACUGAAGCCAGGUUAUCCUUUUACUCAGGGCACUCCUCUUUUGGGAUGUACUGUAUGCUGUUUUUAGCGUUUUACGUUCAGGCGAGACUGAACGCAAAAUGGGCCCGUCUCCUCAGACCCACCAUCCAGUUCUUCCUGGUGGCCUUUGCUGUGUACGUAGGAUACACCCGCGUGUCCGAUUAUAAACACCACUGGAGCGACGUACUAGUUGGACUCCUCCAGGGAGCGCUCAUCGCUAUUCUUACAGUGAGAUAUGUAUCAGAUUUUUUCAAGGUUCGCCCUUUACCACAAUGCUCAAGUACAGAGAUAGCCGAAAGAGAGGCUUUAGAGAGGAAACCCAGCCUACAUAUGGGAGAGGGGGAGCACAAUAACCAUUACAACUAUUCUGGACCCGUGUGAGUGAAUGGGGCCGAAUACCCGCACUACAGCUCCCAUAAACCACUGGACUGACGGAAGGGGGCGGAGCAAGACUGCACAUGCUCACAAAUACUCCUGCAGCACCAGCCUCCUUGAAAAGAAACCUUUGGCGUCUCUUUCAUUCCUUUUUGUGUGAGAGAAAGACUUUAUAUAAAUAUAUUUAAUCAAUUUAUUUCAAUCAAAAUGAUUUGCAGAGGAUUCCAGAUGUUGGGGGACCAAAUCAAGUUUUUUAGGUUUGUACCGUAUGCUGGACCAGGUUUUAUAUGAACUUAUAUAUGACGCAUGAAUCUUCUUUCACUGAGCUAUACAAAAUCUUGCUGAACUAACUUACAAAAUGGCUUGCAUAUUUUUACAUCAUCCGACGAACCCAAGUGAUUUAAAUGGUGAAUAUUACUAAAGCUUUAUAUUGUUAAUUCCCCAAAUAUUAUGCGCUUCAAUCCUGAUACUUGAUUAAUCUGGCCCAGCUUCCAAACAGGUUUGGACACCCAAUGCUGACUGCAAAAUAAUAGAAAAUAAUAUAAUUGAAUUGUUAGGAUUUUGUUCCCCUGUUUAAAAUUUAAACGUAAGAUACCACUACAGCUUUUGCAAGCCUUACAUGCUUCUGUCUUUUUAAUUUUUUACAUUUUAAAAAGCUCUCUUUAUUGAACUUUUGUUUUAACUUGUUGGUUGCUUUUGUCUAAAUUUGUAUUAAAUAUUUGUAAUAAUAAUUUGCCUGUUUGUCAUUGUGAGAACUUGCAGUUUGUAUAUCUACACUACAUUUACAUGCAAAAUCUACUCUGACUUUUUAAAGGUCACCUAUUAUACACAUUUUUACAAGAUGUAAUAUAAGUCUCAGGUGUGCCCAAAAUGUGUCUGUGAAGUUUCAGCCUAAACUUCCAACAGAUCAUUAACCAUUGCCAAAAUGCCCCUAUUUGGGUGGGAGCAAAAAUGUGCUGUUUUCGUGUCUGUACCUUUAAAUGCAAAUUAGCUAGAGCUCGUCACGCCCUUACAAGAGUCAGUGAGCACAUUCAGUUAAAAUAGAUCUGAAUCCUGUGAAUACAGUCUGAGACAACAGUAUCUCACUAUUGCAGGACUGUCAGUCAGUGGUCGUGGGCAGGGCUUUAUCAGUGUGACAUCACAUUAACAAGAGAAUCAAAAUAGCAAGUUUAAAGAGAUUGAGAAGCUGGUGGAUUUUUUUCAUUGUAAGGUAAUUUUGUUCACACAUGGCCAAUACACAUUCAUGUCAAAACAUCUUGUAAAAGUGGAUUUUGCAUAAUAGGUGCAAAAAUGUAAUAUUUUAUUUGCAUGCUAGUAAAACAAGUCAACACAUCUAUAGUUAAUUUUUUGCACAUCCAGUAAAUACAUUUUGAUCCAGAGGUACUUCACAAAUAACGUAAUUCACUUCAUAAAACGGCUAGUUCCAAUCCUUAAUUCUGAUUGGUCAAUAGCUGUGCUUUAUUCAUGAUAAAACACGCUAUGAUCGCUUCACCCAACGGUUUUAUUUAUUACUGCACACUUAGCUACACCUAGAACUUUGUUGUU